AUGCCGUAUUAUUGUAUGUCGACGCUGUGUUUUUCUCUGCGGCUCUCGGCAAAGGAUAUUCUCAGAAAAAAUAAAAUCCCCUUAUCUCCACCAGUGGCCCAACCAGACGCCAACCCUAACACCCGUGGCCCAACCAGACGCCCCACACCGCUGCUCCCGCCGCCGACGCCCGCACGCCGCCGAAGCCCCCGCGCCGCCACCGCAGUACUGCUGCUCCCCGUGCGCCGCCGCCGCCGCCGCCGCCGUCCAGAUCCCCCGGCCCCGCCCCUGUCCCGCCCCUCCCCGGCCCCGUGCGCCACCGCCACCGCCGCCCCUCCCCGGCCCCGUGCGCCGCCGCCGCUCCUUCCCUGGGCCCUCGCACAGCCAAAGGGCGUCGGCGAGAGGACAAGACCAUGGAUGCUCCGCUCUCUGGGUCAGGUUCUCGCCGAGGUAACCUCCUCCUCCUCCCGUGUCUUGGUCUGGAUUUUAAUUUCCAUCUGCUGCCGCUGGCUUUUGUUCCCCCUGAAUUUAUUUGAUCUGAUAGUUGCAGCACACUUCCGUUCAGAUGUUGGUAAAUUUCGUUACUGUGUUGGUUAUCUAGUUGCAGCACACUUCCGUAGCAGAUUCAGAUGGCAAAUAACCGUAGUGGUCACUCAGAUUCAGAUGGUUCAACAGGAGUUGGAGGGAGUUAUAGAGGAGAGCUGGAGAGGCAACAUUUCGGUGUCAAGAAAUUUUCUGUAGGAAUGUUGGUCUUUUGGCAAAGGGCGACGUAAUGAUCCGUGGAUAGGCUGUUCAAGUUGUAACUGCUCUUCGGCCUGAUGGGAAUACUCAUCUACUAGUAGUAGUUUGUAAGAACUCUUCUAUGCAGUCUCCAACUUGCAGAGUGGAUUGGCUACUGUUGCAAACCAUUGUACUCCUACCAUGCUGUUGUUGCAGCAAUCUUGCUUGCAACUCAGUGCUCUAUGGUUUCCCAAGGGCAAAACAAUGUGGGUUCCAUCUAUCUUUCAGCUGUCUGUAACAUAUACUAAUUCUUUUUUAAUUCAACUCUUCCUUUUUACCCCCUCCAAAAA